GUAUGUUCCAUAACAGGAACAAUAACAACAGCAGUAAGAGCAGUCUUUAAUGUUGGGAUCAGAUGAGUACAAGGCAGCACUGCAGGUGAUCAGACUGUCAGCAUUACUGUCAGACACACACAGAACCAGAUGGAGCACAGAGAGGAGGCUGAUGGUGAAACCAGAGUUUUAUAAAGGUCUACAGGUCUGGCUUCAAAAUCCUAAUCUGACCCUGAGGAGAGAAGUUCUGACUUUGAGAGGGAGGAGGGGGCACUGCCUCUAAAAUGAGUCUGUCUGGAGAGAGAGAGGAAGGGGGCACUGCCUCUAAAAUGAGUCUCUCUGGGGAACAUGACAUGGACACCAAAGCUAAGAGCCCAAUCCAGGAGAGACCAGCCUCACCUGUACCCAGCUGUGUGUCCAUGAAGAGUGACAGGUCUAUGGAUGCACCUAUCAUGUUCAGUGAUGGAGGAGGACCUUCUAAUGAGGAAGGGAUGAGACAGCAGAGACCAGCCUCACCUGUACCCAGCUGUGUGUCCAUGAAGAGUGACAGGUCUAUGGAUCUACCUAUCACGUUCAGUGAUGGAGGAAGACCUUCUAAUGAAGAAGGUGUGGAUCAUGGUGGAGAGUGCAGGAUCAAACCUGGCCCUAGGAGAUAUGCCUGUGAGCUCACACUGGACCCAAACACAGCAUGCAGACUCCUCUCUCUGUCUGAGGAGAACAGAAAGGUGACAAGGAGGAGAAAGGAGCAGCCGUAUCCUGAUCACCCAGAGAGAUUUGAGGACUAUCCACAGGUGCUGUGUAGAGAGGGUCUGUCUGGGUGCUGUUACUGGGAGGCAGAGUGGAGUGGAAGAGGGGUUUAUAUAGCAGUGACAUAUAAAGGAAUCAGCAGGAGAGGAGGGGGUGUUGACUGUGUGCUUGGACUCAAUAACAAGUCCUGGAGUCUGAGGUGUGAUGAUAACAGUUACUCUGCCUGGCACAAUAAUAAGAGCACUGCCAUACUUGCCCCCCCCUCCAGCUCCCACAGAGUAGGAGUGUAUCUGGACUGGCCGGCCGGCACUCUGUCCUUCUACACAGUCUCCUCUGACACACUGACCCACCUGCACACAUUCCACAGCACAUUCACUGAGCCCCUCUAUCCUGGGUUCAGUGUUCAUUACUAUGACUCCUCAGUGUCCCUGUGUCAGGUAGAAUAGCCCACACACACUCACACACACCGUGCUCACAUAGAUGUUAGUGAAGACUGAACUGUACAGUUGGAAUUGAUAUCCCAGAGUGUUUGUAAAUAUUGGUGUGUGUAGAAUGUUUGUUUUGUUUUAACCUUUUAGAUGUAAAUAUUACUGAUAUUAAAUAUUAUUAAUAUCUCUUAAUAUUACCGACGCUUCCACCAGAGUGAGUUAUUUUUCCAAAACGGAAGCUAGCUAGCUUUAGUUAGCUUCCAUUACCUAGCAACCUAGCAUAAUACUCGUAGCAAUGCUACUACCUGCUAGUGUUACUUGUUAGCCUCCUAAUUGUACAUUUUGAAGCCAUACUACAGCGUUUGUCAUGUAGUUUUUGUCUAUCGGAAAAUAGUCGGUUGGAAUGUUCAGAAUCACACGUGCGACGUUACUCUGUGGGGCUUUCGAACUAUCGCACAUGUGUGAUGCUGCUCCUUAACGGGUUAAUUGUUGACAAACAACAAUCCUGUCUUUGAUCUCAGUUCCACUGAAUGUGAUGAACUAAAUAGUGUCUUAGUCACUAAAUAAGGAGAAAUAAAGAUGUUUUAUACAGGAUGAUAGAAGACAUGCUGUGUGUUUG